AUGUACGACGUGCCGAAAACAUAUAAUGAAGCCGUAACUUCCUCCAAUUCUCGAUACUGGAAACAGGCUAUAUUGGAAGAAAUAAACUUGUUAUUAGACAACGACACUUUUGAACUAUGCCAAUUACCAGAAGGCCAAAAACGCGGCGGAAUCUUUUCUCUGUUUGAAUACCAGCAUACGCCGCCUCCAGCCUGGGAAGUCUCGCUUUCGCCAGGACUCGCCUCCUCACAAAUGUUUAUUUCCGGGUCAGAAAAUACGGGCCAGGCGGAAGUGCUUUCGCGCCCUGCUUGCCAGUCGGUCAAUCCGGUCUUACUAACCGCUGACAAGUCUUUUUCAUACAUGUUUUAUAUGACGAACAAGACAAACAAAAGUUAA